AUGGACUUGUCCCAUACUCAGAAGCCACAUGUUGUUUGUGUACCAUUCCCAGCACAGGGCCAUGUAAACCCUUUCAUGCAAUUGGCCAAACUCCUUCUUUGUACUGGUUUCCAUAUAACAUUUGUGAACACUGAGUUCAACCACAGGCGUUUGGUUAAGUCGCUUGGAUCAGACUUUGUAAAGGGACAGCCACAUUUUCGAUUUGAGACCAUACCGGAUGGUCUGCCUCCAUCUGAUAAGGAAGCAACCCAAGACAUUGCAUCAUUGUGUGAUGCAACUAGAAAACAUUGUUAUGCUCCAUUGAAAGAGCUCAUAAGAAAGCUCAACACUUCACCUGAAGUGCCUCUAGUUAGCUCAAUCAUAUACGAUGGGCUUAUGGGCUUUGCCGGAAGAGUGGCAAGGGAUUCUGGCAUUUCAGAGCAACAGUUUUGGACGGCCUCAGCUUGUGGAUUAGUGGGAUAUUUGCAAUUCGAUGAGCUUGUCAGAAGAGGCAUUCUUCCCUUCGAAGAUAAAAAUUUUGCUGCUGAUGGCUCCUUGGAUACAACUCUAGAUUGGAUCUCUGGAAUGAAAAAUAUCAGAAUCAGAGACCUCCCAAGCUUCGUUAGAACCACCACUCUAGAUGAUAUCAAUUUUAGUUGCUUUGGUUUCGAAGCAAAAAACUGUUUGAGAUCAUCUUCAAUCAUAAUUAACACCGUCCAAGAAUUGGAAAGUGAAGUCCUCGAUACCCUUAUGGCCACGAACCCAAGCAUAUAUAACAUUGGUCCACUUCAAUUGCUUGGUAGACAUUUUCCUCAGAGGGACAAAGGCUUCGAGUCAAGUGGUUCAAAUUUGUGGAAAAAUGAUUCAACAUGCAUCCAAUGGCUAGAUCGAUGGGAACCUUCCUCAGUCAUAUAUGUUAAUUAUGGAAGUAUAACUGUGAUGAGUGAGCAUCACUUGAAAGAAUUUGCUUGGGGACUAGCAAACAGCAAUCUACCAUUUUUGUGGAUAAUAAGGCCAGAUUUGGUAAUGGGUGAAUGUAUACAAUUGCCACAAGAGUUCUUAGAUGAGGUCAAGGAUAGAGGAUACAUAACAAGCUGGUGCCCUCAGGACCAAGUGCUUGCUCAUCCAUCAGUUGGGAUCUUUAUAACUCAUUGUGGCUGGAAUUCUACACUUGAGGGUAUAUGUGGGGGUGUUCCUAUGAUUGGUUGGCCUUUCUUUGCUGAGCAACAAACAAAUUGCAGGUAUAUAAGCACAAAUUGGGGUAUAGGGAUGGCCGUCAACGAUGAUGUAAAAAGAGAUGAGGUAACAACACUUGUGAAAGAAAUGAUAACGGGAGAAAAGGGGAAGGAAAUGAGACAAAAGUGUUUGGAGUGGAAGAAGAAAUUAAUAGAAGCUACUGACGUAGGAGGGUCAUCUUACAGUGAUUUCUAUCGAUUAAUAAAGGAGGCCCUUCGAAAACAAAAAAUGGACUCGCUUCAUAGCGUAAAGCUUCAUGCUGUAUGUGUACCGUUCCCAGCACAGGGCCAUGUAAACCCUUUCAUGCAAUUCGCCAAACUUCUUCGUUGCAUUGGUUUUCACAUAACAUUUGUGAACACUGAGUUCAACCACAAUCGUUUAGUUAAGUCUCUUGGACCCGACUUUGUGAAGGGUCUGCCAGAUUUUCGAUUUGAGACCAUACCAGAUGGUUUGCCACCAUCAGAGAAGAAUGCAACUCAAGAUGUUCCACUACUGUGUGAUUCAACGAGGAAAAAUUGUUAUGAACCAUUGAAAGAGCUGGUAAGGAAGCUGAACUGUUCACCUGAUGUGCCUUCAGUUAGCUGCAUAAUUGCUGAUGGGACUAUGGGCUUCGCUGGAAAAGUGGCAAAAGAUUUAGGCAUAAGAGAGCUACAGUUUUGGACAGCCUCGGGUUGUGGCUUUGUGGGAUAUUUGCAAUACGAUGAACUUGUUAGAAGAGGUAUUCUUCCAUUCAAAGAUGAAAAUUUCGUUAGCGAUGGCACCUUGGAUACAAGUUUAGAUUGGAUCUCAGGAAUGAAAAAUAUCCGACUCCAAGACCUUCCAAGCUUCAUUAGAACCACCACUCUAGAUGAUAUCAUGUUUGAUUUCUUGGGUUCAGAGGCACGUAACUGUUUGAGAUCAUCUUCAAUCAUUAUCAACACUUUUCAAGAAUUGGAAGGUGAAGCCCUUGAUGCCCUUAAGGCCAAGAACCCUGACAUAUACAGCGUUGGCCCACUUCACCUGCUAGGUAGGCAUUUUUCUGAAAAGGAAAAUGGCUUCAUGUCGAGUGGGUCAAGCUUUUGGAAAAAUGAUCCAGAAUGCAUAGAAUGGCUAGACAAAUGGGAACCUUGUUCGGUCAUAUAUGUUAAUUACGGAAGUAUAACUGUCAUGACAGAGCAUCACUUGAAAGAAUUUGCUUGGGGAUUAGCAAAUAGCAAGGUACCAUUUUUAUGGAUAAUGAGGCCAGAUGUUGUAAUGGGAGAAUCUGUAACUUUGCCACAAGAGUUCUUAGAUGAGAUCAAGGAUAGAGGAUAUAUAACAAGCUGGUGCUCUCAAGACCAAGUGCUUGCUCACCCAUCAGUUGGCAUCUUUCUAACUCAUUGUGGUUGGAAUUCUACAAUAGAAGGCAUAUCUGCUGGUGUGCCUAUGAUCUGUUGGCCCUUCUUUGCUGAGCAACAAACAAAUUGCAGGUAUGCAUGCACAACUUGGGGAAUAGGGAUGGACAUUAACCAUGAUGUCAAGAGAGAGGAGAUAACAAAGAUUUUGAAGGAUAUGACGAUGGGAGAAAAGGGAAAGGAAAUGAGACAGAAGUCUUUGGAGUGGAAGAAGAAAGCAAUAAAAGCUACUGAUUUAAGUGGAUCGUCUUACAAUGAUUUCUUUAGGUUAAUAAAGGAUGCUCUUCAUCACAAUGCAGUUUGACUCU